CUGCGAAACUGCAUGGUUUAAAUUAAAUGUUAACCUUAGUUAAGAAUCUCUUUGAAAACAAAAUACAAACAAAAACAAACAGAAAGAAAGAAACAAUCUUGUCUUGAUUCUUGAUUAAGUUUAGGUUAUUCGGUUAUUGUCAGAUUGUCAAUUUGUUGUGUUGUAGACGUUGUCUUGUCAACAUCAAAUCAAAUAAGCUAAUUACUCAGUAAUUAUUUCGUGACCAUGACUGCAAGAUCGAGUUUUAAGUUGGAACAGUUACUUAAUUGAGUUUUUUCUAAGGCUUUUGGUUUUAAAGGACAGGUUAGGGCCUACCCUUGUUUUAAAAACACCUAAGUUAUUUAGUAGUUUUAUAUUUUAACUGAAUGUUUAUGUCUUAGUUACGAAGUACAUUAGCUUAAAUCAUUACUUUUCAGUUCUUCCUCAGGAAUCUUGAAUAGACCUUAGAGGAUCUAUUCUAUAAUUUGUUGAUAUAAGUGUAAUGGUACAUCUCAACGAAAACGGAUUGACAAUGGAGAGACCAAUGUUUCCACCAGGCACUGCCACACUUCUUGAUGAGUUAGACAAAAAGCUCAUGGUGCUCCUAAGAGAUGGAAGGACAUUAAUUGGUUAUCUACGCAGUGUUGAUCAAUUUGCGAACUUGGUACUUCACAGAACCAUUGAAAGGAUCCAUGUCGGUAAAGAAUAUGGAGAUAUACCAAGAGGAGUUUUUAUAAUUAGAGGGGAAAAUGUUGUUCUUCUUGGUGAAAUUGACAGUGAGAAGGAGGCCAAUUUGCCUCUCGUAGAAGUUUCUGUUGAUGACAUUCUAGAUGCCCAGCGGCGAGAGCAAGAAGCCAAACAAGAGCACGACAAGUUAUUGGCUAAGUCUCUGAAAGAACGAGGACUUAGAUUAAUACCUGAUCUAAGCCAUGAUGACAUGUUUUAGUAUAUUUUGUUUAUAACAUUUCGUAAGCAAUGUGUACUCUUCUUUUAAACUACUGUAAUCUCAUUCUAGUGCAUCCCACAAUGGUAUUUUUUUUUUUUAUUGUAUGGUUGAUUGUAUGGUUGGAUGGUUGAUAAUUAUAUAGUCAUAUUAAGCAGCCACAUCUCUGGUUUCACUGAUACCUAGACACUUGUAACUGAACCAAUGACACGUAGUCAUUUUAUCAUUAUCAUCCUGUCUUGUAUGGGUUCUUUUGCAACAUUCACUUAUAAAUUACUCACAAAUAAGACAAAGUAGAGUUGGUUAAUCAGUGGCCAGUUGACGAGGAUACUGGGAUUGUAUGUAGUCUAAAUUUUGUUUGGGAUUGGGAAAUUUGGAGUAAUCGCUAAUAGUCUAUGCCAAGCGUUUAUAUCUGGUAAUUAACUGAGCAUCCAUACGUGGUAACAGAUGAACAAAAGUUAGCAUAGGCUACUUAUUUUUCUUCCUAAAAUUGAGUUUUUUUCAAGUACGGUACUUGAAACACGUUUAAACUAACAAGUAAGUUCUAAUAAAUUUAUGUUAUUUUUAUCUUAAGAUUUGUUGUUUGAGAUCUAUUGUUUUUACUGCAAGAGUUUGUUGCCAGAGACCCAAUUUUUAAAAAAUAUCAAGAUUUGUGUUUGUUCUACUAAUUUGAAUUUAACAUCAUAGGAAGGAAAUCCCAUUGCCAAUAGUGUCAGAGGAUAGUGUUGCUCAAUUUUAAUUGUAAUUAAAGAAUUAUUUGUUUAAUAUUUUCAUUUCAGAAUUAUAUUAAAGUAGGAUGCUUAUUUAGUGUGUCAGAGUCUUUUUGCAAAAAAAGUACCAAUCAUGAAGACUAUUGAUUCAAGGAAGUUUGCUUUUUAAAGUUUGUUCAAGAACCUUUCAGUUUUAUUCAAUUGCUUUUUUGAGAGAAACUGUUUGUUUUGUAUAUUUAUAAAUAAGUGUCAGAUAAUCUUUGAUUGCAUGUAUCAAGUCAUCAAAAUAAGACUGUAUUUUGUAAUA